AUGCUCCUCCCUGUAGACGUCUGCCACGGGUAUGACUAUCUUUUCGUGCCUGAGCACGCCGGCGACGUCCAAGAGCUGGAUGCGUGGCACCAUGACGAGGGAGUUGAUAUGUGGCGACCGCCCACGCAUGGUGUAAUUUUGCGGCAUCUGGUUGAAGCUGAGCCUCGAGAUUUCCAGUCCGGCGGCGUUGACGCAGCUGCAGUGCAGACUGAAGGGCGCGGUCAGCGAGUCCUCGGCCUUGAGGUCACGGAUGCCGCCAUCGUCGUGGUGCCAGUAAGCCUUGAGCCCUGUAGGAAAAGGGACGACCGCGGUCCUGUUGGCGUUGAAGGCGAGCUUAUUGCAAUCCUGCGGAACCAGCUGCUCGCCAGCCUCGCAGUGGAUGCGCGCAAUGUCCGACACGUCAGCGAAAUACUGGCUCACCCUCACUGGUCGCUGCGAGGCAUCCGGCUGAGCAUACACGGGCACGAUUUCAUGCCGCGGUCCGUACGACAGUGUAACCUUGAUGGUGGAGAUUACAUUCCUCUCGGGCCUGGCGCCCCUGUGCAGACAGCGGAAGUAGAGCGAUACAGGAUCUCUGCCAGCGGCUCCCGCCUCCGACUGCGACACCUUGUGCUGUAUGGACACCACUCCGUCAGACUGCAACACGCUGUCGACUUUCACCAACUCGGUGUCCACUACCGACCCGAGUCGCACCGUGCUGUACACCAGCCUGUUGUCCUCCACUGUGCGCGUGAGCGCCUCCGCAUCCGGUCUCUCCGGGAUGAAGGUGGAGAUCCGCCCCGAGAUAUCCCAGCCUCCGAGGAGAGCCACGCUGACUGGGCGCAGCAGCUCCACGGGAUACACCGGGAAGAGGAUUUCCAGCGAGCUGCCGGGGUACAGCAUCACGUCGCACCAGUCGCCGACAAUGGGCCUCGACACGUGCUGCGCCAGCUUCUGACCGAGAUCGCAGACGUAGUUCUUUCGGCUCCUUAUUUCGAUUUUCGCGGUCGCCUGCUUCGUCGACACGUCCACGCAUCGGCAGUACCCGGAGAAGGUGGACGAGAUGCUGAGACGGUCGUAGCGCAUGAUAAGCACGGUGCCGCCUUCGCGUUCCUCGGAGCUCACCUCGACCUUGAAGGGCAGCGUAGCUAUCCGAUCAGUGUAGCCGUAGUACAGCGAGAGUGGGCAGUUGGCAGGCUCUAUCCUGCCCUUGCAGUAGAAGCCGACGUCGGGAGUCUCCAUCACGUCCACGAUGCACGACCGCUCACUCGACACUCCGCCCGAAGCGUCCAUUAUGAAGGGUACACUCGAACUGCCGCAGCCAGUGUAUGCUCGCCGCACGCUGCUCAGCGUCACCCGCACUAUGCCCAACAGUGGCGCACUCCGCUCCCCGCUCUCGCCGGAGGGGCAGCUUGUUCUCUCGCCCUCCUGCUCCGACAUCGACAUUGA